AGAGACGCAUUCCAAAUGGAGCACAAAUGUGCCUCCCGUGCUGGGCUCUCCUCAUUCUGUUUGGGGACAACAGAGAGCAGGACGUGGCUGCUUGAUUAUCCCUCACUGCUGAAGCUCUCAGUCCCACAGUCAUAUUGUUUCCUCGGGACAGUUUGGGUUUCCUGCCAAGAGCCAAAUGUGAAGAGACCGUCCUAAGAAAACUGGAGCAGAGGAAGCUCCCCGGAGCUCUGCGGGAGAGACUUGCUGAGGGCCAGACGGAGGAAAGAAAGGCUUUCAGUUCUCCAGGAAGUGUACUAUGUUCUGCCAUUCAUUCCUGAAGCCACCGGAAGCAUUCCUCCCAGGAAAAGUUGAGUUGGUGGGGUGUAGCUGAAGGUGAGAAGGCAUCCAGAGGACAGGUUAAACCAUUUCCUGAAUUUCGCAUGUGGGCACAGGCUUAGAGCCUUCGAGGUGCCCCGAAGAUGAGCAGCAACAGCAGCGUGGUGGGCCAGCUCCUCUGGCGUGGGCUGCCGUGUGUCGGCUGGAGGCAGGAUCUGCAAGGGGCUGUCUACCACCUGGCCAACUGCUUCUUGCUCCUGGGCUUCAUGGGGGGCAGCGGGAUGUAUGGGUGCUUCUACCUCUUUGGCUUCCUGGGCACGGGCUACCUGUGCUGUGUGCUGUGGGGCUGGUUCGACGCCUGUGGCCUGGACAUCGUCCUCUGGAGCGUCCUGCUGGCGAUGGCCUGCGUGCUCCAGCUGGCACAUCUGGUGUACCGCCUGCGUGAGGACAGCCUCCCUGAGGAGUUCGAGCUCCUCUACAAGACACUGUGCCUGCCUCUCCAGGUGCCUCUGCAUGCCUACAAGGAGAUGGUUCGCUGCUGUCAGGAGCAGGUCUCCACUCUGGCCACGGAGCAGACCUACGCUGUGGAGGGUGAGACACCCAUCGACCGUCUGUCCCUGCUGCUCUCUGGCCGGGUUCGUGUGAGCCAGGAUGGGCAGUUUCUCCACUACAUCUUUCCUUACCAGUUCAUGGACUCUCCUGAGUGGGAAUCGCUGCACCCCUCUGAAGAGGGUGUCUUCCAGGUCACUUUGACAGCAGAGACCGAAUGUAGCUACAUUUCCUGGCCCCGGAAAAGUCUCCACCUUCUUCUGGCCAAAGAGCGAUACAUCUCUCGUCUCUUCUCCAUCCUGCUGGGUUAUGACAUCUCGGAGAAGCUCUAUGCUCUCAAUGACAAGCUCUUUGCCAAGUUUGGGCUGCGCUUCGACAUCCGCCUGCCCAGCCUCUACCAUGUUCUGGGUCCUGCUGCCUCAGAUACAAGACCAGAGUCGGAGAAGGAUGAAGAGGACGUCUGCGAGCCAGCCAUGUCCUCUCCUCAGGCGCUGUCCACAUCUGUCCAGCAAACACCCCCUGUGUCCCCCCAUCCAGCAGCCACCAACCCUCCUGCACCUUCUCCCUGGGUUAGGAUGUCCAGGCCUGACAGCGGCAUCCUGGUUUCCAGAACUCCUCUCCAGAGCUACCCUCAAGCUAUGUCCAGGGGACAGGCCCCCUUGGCUCCAACCCAGACUCCUGAACUCUAAGGAGCAAUGGACCAUCCUGUUUUCUGGGCAUGUUCAUCCUCACGGGAAGGUCACGUGUGUGCACACCCGUCUUCUCACCCACUGGAAGGCUCACAGGCCAGGUCGGAGCAGACACAGAAGAUGCCAGCACUGCAGCCACACCAAGGUCCCCAAGUGACUUUUAGAAAUUCACGUUCACCAGCCUCGCUUCCCAGAGAAGGCAGCCCAAAGUACAAAAGCACAGAUUCUAUCCUUUACUAACUGCAGAAUCUCUGGCAAGUGACAUAGCCUCUCUGAGCAUCACUGUAAAGUGGGGAUUUUAAAACCCACCUCCCAAGGAUGGGAGGAUUCCAUGAGUUGACGUAAGGAAAGCACCUAGGUCACAGCAUGACACCUAGUAAGCACUCAAUAAAUCACUCAUUUCCUUUC